ACUUUCUCGCGAUGACUAAGAGCCGGUGUAUUUUAUGAAUGGCUGCUCGGGUGAAUAUUUGGCAUUCUUUUGGCAGUGAUGCGGCUGCAGUGUGUGGAUUCCGUCAGAUCGCUGCCGUGAGUGAAAUACCAAGGAACCACUUUCUCUAACGAGUGUUUAGCAUUAAAGACGGGUUCCUUAUCAACGAACUGUGAAAUUGAUAUAAAUUGUUUGCUGUAUAUUUCAACAUACGUUUGUGAUCUAGAAGAAAAACAGACUCGCGCUCUGUACGGAGAUUUUAUCAAACAGGCCAACCCCCGAGCUCUGUAAAAUGGCAAAGUUUCGAUCAGAGUUACAGGUUCCUGUGAAAAAAGACGAAAUGACGUUCCAAGACCGACAGGUCAAGUCUUGGGAGGAUAUGGAAGUGCGCAUGGAAAAACGGAGAAAGGAAUGGGACGAUGAAUUUGAGAAAAUCAGAAAAGAUUUCUUCACAUUGAAACCGACCGAUAAUCACAUUGGAAAUGGAAGUAUUGGCAAUCAUGUUGGACCGGAUAAUAACAUAGACACGAUGAAUUCUAUGUUCGAAAACGACGGAACGGGACAAAGGUUUAAGGUGAGAUUCGAUGUGUCAGAAUUUCGACCAGAGGAAAUUCAGGUUAAGGUUCAAGAUAACAAACUGUUCGUCUCUGCUAAGCACGAGGAGAAAUCAACAAAAGCCUCGGUAAGUCGGGAAUACAGUAGACAAGUGGACAUACCCAAUAAUGUCGAUCAAGAGAGGCUGCAGUGUGUCUUAAGUAGAGACGGAAUUUUGACUGUAGAUGGUCCUGUCAAAGGACAGAUUCUGAUAGAAAGGGAGACCACUCUACCGAUACAGCACCAGCCUUCUAAUACACCAAUAGUGAGUCCAGUUUCUCCUACACCAAAUGCAAACAACCAGAUUGCGCCUUUCUCUAAACCUCUUGAGAUUGCCACACCCGUCAAAAACCCGAUCAUAACGGAACCUGAUGGGACGCGUAAGUUGCGCCUUAGUGUCGACGUCGGCGAGUUUAAACCAGAAGAAAUCGUAGUAAAAACUGCGGACCGGAAGUUGAUUGUGCACGCAGAACACGAAGAGAAGUUGUCCGGACGUACGCUACAUAAGGAAUUCAAUAAGGAAUAUGAAUUACCCGAAUCAGUGGACCAAUCCACGAUAUCGGCGUAUAUCGGGGAGGAAGGGAAACUGUUUGUCGAAGCUCCGCUGAAACCUCAGCAGCAGAAACGCUACUCCAUCACACAAAGUCAUGACGUCAGAAAAGUAGUCGUCACCAAGGAAUCGCAGGUGACCAUCACUGAUGGCAACAACCGACCAAUGGUUACCAUCAAUGUGCAUCGGCGUUAAAGGAACGUUUGAUGUCUGUAGUAAAAAUACUCCGUGCAGAAUCCAAUGGUUUCACUUAACUGAUGAUCUAACAAAUAGUUUAUGGAAAAAAUGGGAAGUUCCAAUCUACCAAAACAAUGGAAGUUAACGGUUUUCUAAUAAUUAAAAAAAGUUAAAAUAAUGAGAUUAUACAAACAAAUCUCCUGUUAGAAAUUUUCUAAUUCAUCAGUGAAAAGAGUAUGGAGUAUCAAUUUGCAAUGUUAGAUUUUAUACAAAGACCUAAAAGAUGUUUUGGAUAAUGUAUGUUCUAUUUUAUAUAAAUUGGUGUUUAUUUUCUUCGUAUGCACUUGUUGCGCAGAUUCAUCAUUGCACAAAUAUGUUAUCUCCAUCGGCAUGCCAGCUGUCAGUAACCGGAUGUGACCUUUGACCCUGACAUACACCAGUUGUGUGUUCUCUCGAAACUUCAAGAAUUACGUAACGUUUGUUUAAUGUUAUUGAAAACUUUAGUGUUCGUUAAUAGCGUCGCUUCGAGGAUUGGAAACAAUCCAAUUUCAAUUUGGAGAGAAAGUGAAAUUUUUGUCUAUGUGGAAGACUCGAGAUAUACAUAAGCUGGUUUAUAACUUGUGUAAAGUUGCCUUUUUCUGAUGGACGAGUGUUAGACUGGUAGAUUGUGGGUGUUGACAUGAACACGUGAUGGUAGGGAGUUAUAUCAUAUAUAACAUCAUUGAUGGCCAUGUCUAGAUUGUAUUUAUUUCCGUAGUUCAUGCAUUGUACAUAAACGUGGAAGGUGAUGUGUGGUCUGUAUGAAUGUUCUUAUUACAAAUCAUGUGAUAUGUAUUCCACAAUGCUAGUGCGCUCAUAGUAUUGUCUUUGUUAAGUAUGAUUAAAAUUUACGUUUAUUUUUCCUAGCAACAAUCAUUGUACAAUCAUUUGUCGUACUAUGACGUGCUGUAGAUUUAUUUGGUUAAGAUACAUACGGUAUUGUAUCUAGUAUAACUUUCUUAAGGGGCUAUGACUAAUGUCUGUAGAAAAUUAAAAGGGAGAUAAAUCAUCUCCAGCUCACUCAGUGUGGACCUGUGAUUCAAGAUGACCGUCUUUUAAUGUCAGUAAUGUUCCGUAUUUAUACGUCGUGUUUUUUUUUUUAUGUUACCUAGACAUUGUAUAUGUUCACUAAAAUAAACGUUGUUGUCGUUUA